CGGAUGUAAGAGUACCGGCGGCAUCUACUUAACCGCUAUUGCUAGGCGACGGGUUUUCGCCUGACCCGAUUCGAGCUCCAUCCAGGGUCACCUCGUCAUUGUAGCAGCUCUCUCUCCACUCACAUCCUCCUUGAUAACCUGCCGGCCGCUGCUCCCUCUUCCUCCGCAUCCCUCCACGCAUAUUCCAGGUAGCCAGGCGUCCUAGAAAAUGUCUCGCACGGGGAAUCCGCUGAUGGUAUUAUUCGGAAUCUUGAUGCUGCAUUCAGUCUCUGCUCAGAACGAACCAUCCAUCGAUUCGUCAGAUCACGUGAUCAUACCACAGCAUGUGAUGGGUUAUCACACCCCACCAAUCACGCUCCAGUGCAACCUCACAUCUUCUCAAAACGCCCACAGUGAGAGUUUCUGGAUGAAGAACGGGGAGGAGAUCUCUGACACAAGAGACACUGGCAAGAACAUUGAGUACAAACUCCCUAAACCAAGGGCAGAUGAUGCAGGCGAGUAUAUGUGUGUGUUCAUAUUUGACAUGGCCCCCCCAGCAAACGCCACCAUUGAAGUAAAAGCCACGCUAGACAUCACGGGGCACAAGCGCAGCGAGAAUAAGAAUGAGGGGGAGAAAGCCGUCCUCUACUGCAAAUCUGUUGGAUAUCCUUAUCCACUGUGGACCUGGCGUAAAGUUGAUAAUGGCGUCAACAUGGAUAUUGACAACUCCUCCGGCCGCUUCUCCGUCAACAGCAAGGACAGCUACACCGAGCUCUCCAUCAUCAAUCUGGACAUUACAUCUGACCCUGGAGAGUAUGAGUGCAACGCCACCAAUAUCUUCGGCUCCUCCUCUAUGACAUCUGUGCUGCGAGUCAGGAGUCACCUGGCCCCCCUGUGGCCUCUCCUGGGCGUCCUUGCCGAGAUCAUCAUCCUAGUGCUCAUCAUCGUCAUCUACGAGAAGCGCAAGAAGCCAGAUGAGGUACCUGACGAUGACGAACCAGCUGGACCAAUGAAAACCAACUCCACCAACAACCACAAAGAUAAAAAUGUACGCCAGAGAAACACAAAUUGAUCUGAUCACCACAAU